AGCCUCUGAACCGUAUUCGCAUCUUGGAACUGGCAACUGGUCGCAUGCCCACUGCCUUCUCUGUCUGCCACCAUCCCAGUCCCACCCCAACACUAAACACACACUUGUUCGUUCAACACUCAACACAUAAAAUGGACGACUGGAACGACGGCGCUCCUGCCUCUGAGAGGUGCUGUGGCCAAGGCAUUUGGUGAAAAAGUUCGGGGCAUAGGAAGAGGCCUGGGGAGCUCCGACUCUGCACCUCAGACGAACGGCUUUGGUCAGCGAGGGGGCCGCGGUGGCGGUUUUGGUGGUGGCAGAAGUCGAAAUGAGAACGGAGACGACGAUGAUGAACCCAGGUCAAAUGGUUUUGGCAGUCGUAACGGUGGAUUUGGAGGAGGCCGGGGCGGUGGAGGAGGGUUCGGUAGCCGUGGUGGUGGCGGCGGUGGUUUUGGAGGUCAGAACGGCUUUGGUUCUUCACAUGGAGAUGAUGACGAGGAAGGCAGCAGUGGUGGAUCUUCAGGUUUUCGGAGCGGAGGAAGAGGAGGAGGCGGCAGUGGUGGUUUUGGGGGCCGUGGUGGAAGAGGUGGUGGAGGAUUUGGUGGUGGUGGUGGAGGUCGAGAGAAAAGAGCGGAUGAUUGGACCUGUCCUGAUGGGGAUUGUGGUGCUAACAACUUUGCAUAUAGAAGAAACUGUUUUAAAUGUGACGUAGCAAAGCCAGAUGAUGGCGGUUCAAGCAGUGGAGGUGGAGGUAGUGGCUUUGGACGAUCAGGAUUUGGCGGCGGCAGUGGGGGAGGCUUUGGUGGUGGUGGUGGUGGUGGUGGUGGCGGCGGCUUUGGCAGAAGGAAUGACAGCGGUGAUAGUGGUGGUGGUGGCGGUGGCGGCCGUGAAAGGAGAGAGGGAGAGUGGACUUGUCCUGAUGCGUCUUGUGGAAACAACAACUUUUCCUUCCGCAAGGUCUGUCAGAAGUGUGAGACGCCCAAGCCAGGAGGCUCUCCAGGGAAGUGAAAAAACUCUCGUGUUUGUCGAACAAAAAAGAAACGCAGAUUUCCUGGCUUCGUACUUAUGUCAGUCGGGUUUCCCUACUACCAGUAUUCACGGAGAUCGUCUUCAGAGAGAAAGAGAAGAGGCACUGGAUGAUUUCAAGAGAGGCAAAGCUUACGUUCUCGUUGCUACGUCGGUGGCUGCCCGAGGUCUAGACAUUCCGGAGGUGAUGCACGUGGUCAACUAUGACCUCCCGUCGUCGAUUGACGAGUACGUGCACCGAAUCGGCAGAACAGGCCGCUGUGGCAACCUGGGAAAAGCCACCAGCUUCUUCAACGGGGACACGGACCAGGCUAUGGCUGUUCACCUCGUCAGAAUUCUUAAAGAGGCUCAGCAAGUGGUCCCCGACUUUCUUGUUGAGAACGCCAGCGGUAUGGGAGCUGGGGACAGCGGGAGCUUCGGCGGAAAGUUUGGAGGGAAGGACAUCAGGAGAGGGAAGUUUGGCGGUGGAGGCCGUGGUGGGGGUCGCGGCGGCGACCAUUUUGACAACGGCAGUUCUGGUGGCAACUGGGCGUCUGGCACUGGCACAGCGGACGCUGGCGAUGACGAGGACUGGGACUGAGCCUAGUAGAGGUGGCCGGGUCAUUCCACGACAAGUGACGCGCAUAACGCAGGAAGGAUAAACAAACCUGCUGGGGGGGAAAUAUCUAAGUAGUGAUGGAGCUUGCUUUUUUUUUUUUUUUUUUGUUCGUUGGUUUUAUUUUAUUUUAUUUGGGGGGGGGGGGGGGGAGGUUGCAUCUGACAAAUAAAAAAGAUUUAAGAGUGGCUGUGUCACUAAGCUUUGAAGGUUGCAUCUGACCAAAAUUUUUUUUUUUUUUUUUUUGGAAGUAAAAAAUUACUUUGUCACUGCUUAGAAUUUUUCCGUGGUAGGUCAUCGUGUCCGCGAUGCCUGUGUCACUUUCCGCGGAAUGGGCGUGGCGACGGUGCUGUUGCUGCGACUCCGGCAGGGCAGGAUGAACCGUGGUGUUGUUGAUGUUGAUGCAGAUGGUUUGUAAUUCAGUGGGCAUUAUAAUUGUAACAGCAAUCUCUCUGCUUUGUUCUGGUGUGUCGGGUCACUGGAAGAAGCGACCAUCUUGCCGCUCAUUUUUGUUCAAUCGAUACCCCCCUUUAAAUUUCCUUGAAAUAUUUGUUUGAUCUUGUAUUAUUGUUGCCUUUAUAAAAAACAAACAAAGUGGCUCUUAAUUUGUUUUUUAAUUGUUUGUUUUGGGGGUUUUUUUCUCUUCAAAUCAGCCUUGAAGUCUCUAUCAGUUACUCUUGUAUUAUGUACUUAAUCUUGUUCGGAUAAUUAAAAGAAUGUAGGCCUCAGUGUCGUCAUGUAUGAUCUCAGAGCUGCUGAUUUUGCAGGAUAAAUCCGGAUUUCUCACAUUAUCCAGAAAUUCGGAUUUCUGACAUCAUUUUGGUUUUGCCACAUUUCGGAGAAUUUACGGUAUAUAUAGAAAUAAUCUUGAUAAGUUGAAGUGGACAAUAUGAUCCUUAAUUUUUAGGUCUCCUGGGGUGCGUUUCCACAGGGUCUGAGAAAUUGAGGCGGUGGGAGGUGCGUAGCCAGUUGUCAUCUCUGAUGAUAUUGAGCACAGUUUUUUUUUGUAAACUCAGGUUAUUUUGUGGAGUUUACAAGGCUCUAAACCCAUCUGGUUUGGUUCCAUCAGAGAAAGGCAUUCAAUUAUGAGGUUCUGCUUCUCGGAAAAACUACCAGUGUUCAAGAGGAUGUUCCAAACCCAUACGCUGACUGUGUGACCGAUGAGGGUGGAAAUCAGCUCAGCCCUUUCCUGGUAAACUCUCCGCAAAACUGGCUGAACACUGCACUUUGAUUCUCCCACAGGACGUUCACUUUGUUUGCCAAGGACUUUUAGACAGCAAGAGAGGCCGAGGCAGUCUUAAGAAUUACGAGGCAGGGAAAAGACGAAAAUAGUCUUCUUGAAAGCAACUAAGUUGAAAAAUCUGUCAUGGGGAACCAUGAUCCCUGAUGUCCUUCUCAGAUUUGGCACUUGUAGAAGAAGAAGAUGCUUGGCUGUUGUAAAAAUAGAUCGGUGACACUUAUUUAGCUUCAGCCUCUUUUAAAAAAUUCCUAGUGAGGAAAAAGUUGCAGCUAACUUCAGCAGUUUAUUAUAUCUGACUGGGUUUUGAAGAAGUGGGCAAGCCUGGUAAACCCUAAUUGAGCAAAUGAGGCACACAUUUUGGCGUCAAGGUAUGAACGGGAAAGGGUUGAAUAAUAGUCCAGGCUGACAAUCUGAAAUCAUUGCUGGUGAAGUCAUAACUUUGAUUUGCUUCUGUGAAGUUUUCCUGCAACUUUUCAGCUGUAAUGCUUUGUUCAGUGUCACUCGUGAAACGGCUAAAACUUCCAUUUCUCGUGAAUUUCUGCCCAGACGUUUUUCAUCUCCUCAGAGUGUGGUGUCUCUUGUCAUCAGAGAUGGGGAAGGAUAGAAAGUAAAAAUUAAAUGACUUUAUAUAGCGACUGUAGCAACACGUUUUCUCUUGAAACUCUUCUGUUUUUCUCAUAAUUUGACAAUUUCUGGGAGGGCCUUGUUGUGAUCAGAGUAGAUGUAACUUUGUGCUUAGUUGGGUGACGGUGGGUAAUGAAUGCUCAAUACGAGGAAGAAUCAAGGCGCUUACUUUUUUUUUCUUUUUUAAGAAACUUUGAGAAGCCCUGUGUGGAGGCUUGAAGCAAGAAGACACAGGAUUGUGCAGACCGUUGAUGUACUUGGUUCACUUCAUGGGUUUUUUAAGAAGCAUUGUUGAUCAAAAUUUUGUGUUUGAUGACACAAAGAAGAAAGAAAAGACCCACACAUUGCUGGGUUUGUGGCAGCUGUUGUGGUGAUGGGGAAAAAAAAAAGAAGGAAGUGAUUUUAAAAUCUCUUUUGCAGAGUAACAGAAAGAUUUUACAAGACAUGAAUGGAACCAGGUUUAAAACGAAAAGCUCGGUCACAGAAGACCAUUUUUUCUCAAGCCAGACUGAGGAUUGCUAUAUGUGUAUUUGAACAUAUCAGUCUGAAGAACUCCCUUUGUUUAGCAUGCCCCAUUCCCAGAUACACCUGUAUAUUUCAGCUGCUUAGUGGGAGACUCCGCCAUGCACCACUUUGAAAAGUGACGUGUCACGGGAGUUUUACUCUUGGCAGUUGAUUUGUAGAAGUGUCGUUGAAAAUAAAUACUCACGUCCUCGCUUUGAGGAUGCUCUCAUUAGCCCGUAGGAAAGAAGAAAAAAAUUCUUGUCAGUUCUGGCUUUGAAAAGUUGGUCUUCAGUUGUAAGCAUGGCAAACUGUUGCACCAUCCACACGUAUGUUUGUCUCGGGAAGACGGUAUAGAGUGAAAUGGUGACCCUCAGAAAAUGUAGGGCUGCAAAAAGAAGGGGUUGGAAUUCUGCUAAAGUUGGCUCCAUCUCCCCCCCAUGCCCCAAGGCCACUGGAAUUUAUUCUGGGGAAAUGUGCAGCGUUGAUGCUCGUAUAAAAAGUUUUACGGUACCAACCCUUUAUGUCUAUCAGCAUAGAUGUAAAACGGUUAAAAGAGUACCCAUUCAUGGGUGACUGAAGGUUUCUUCGUCCUUGAAUGGGGGGAAGACUAGAACCUCUUGAAAAUGUACAUAUGGGCUAUCAUACUUUGUUGAUAAAAGCCAAAGUGUUUUUUUCAAAAGCCUUAAAAAGAGGCAAAGUAUCUUGGGAGGACUGGUUUGCAGUCAUGGGAUUCAUCAGAAUCUUAACAUGGCUGACUUCUCCUGCUCCCUUCUGCGAUGCAUUACGGCAGCACUUUUUGGCAGCCGAGAAAGGACAACGGACAAAUGUUAACUGUAAAUUGUUGGUGCUAAUGCUAUGCAAGCUCUCUGACACUUUAUUUCAUAAUCCCUCAUCCCUUUCCCCAACAACCCCCCCCCCCCCCCCCCCCAACUUGUUAUCAUUCACAUUCACUACUCCGGGGGAAACCACCCCACUUGUUAUCAUUCACAUAAGGGACCCCCCUAAACUCCUGUGUUCACCACUAACGUGUUUUCCACUCCCAUAAACUCUACCACCUUCACCGUGUUCAAGCAUGCCUGUGAUAUAACGAUGGGUACAAGCGCUGCUGAUGGUGCAAUUUGUUUGUUGACUCAGGGCGGCACAGAAACUGUCCCCGUCGUUUUAUGCAAGAAAAAUUCUGAAAUUAUGCAAACUGAGCCCAAAAAUGUGAAAUUAUGCGGUUCUGUUAAUUUUAACAAAGAAUGAUAAAGUAGGAAAUGGAUCUGAAAUGAUGCGGGGUGCAUAAAACCACGGGGACAGACAGACUGGUGUCUCCUCACUCCUACUUUUAAAUGUCAUGAACAGUUUUUUAUGCUUGUGUAAAAAAAAAAAAAGUUUUGAAAUAAAGAAUGUUCAUGUUGAA